CGGGAACAGUGGCUGCUAAACCUUGCAGAAAAGGAGCUGUCCGUCACCCUGGUGCUGAAUCCCGCUCUAGUGACGGAGCAAAGUGCUUUAGGAUUUGGUGGAGCUGGUCGCCAAGAUCUGAACCUUUCAGAAAGGGAAUCGCUAGUAAGAGCAGGCAGACAAGAACGGCAAACCCAGAAAGGGACAGUUGCAGGAACUGCCGAUUUCAGCUCUGAGCUCCGAGGAAGCUCUGCCAGGGCUUCAGUGGAGGAUCUGAGAAACAAGAUGCAGUGAAGAAGAGUCGGUUCAAGGGUAGGUGGGAGGGCAUAAGACUGUGUGAAGGAGAGGACAGAGUGUGAGAAAGGAGAGGAAACAAAAGGCAAGGUUGUGCCUACGAAUUUUGGGAAUAAAUUGGAAGAAAUCUCUCAUUGGGAGAAAUGGAUUCUAUUCUACGACUGACCAGCAUUUUGACUUGGUUGCUCUCUGGCUUGUGGCACGUUGGAUUAACAGCGACAAAUUACAACUGUGAUGACCCAUUGGCCUCCUUCCUCUCACCAGUUGCUUACUCCAGUUCCUCAGAUAUCACUGGAAGUACCAGCUCAGCUCAACUGAAUUGGAGAAUGGGAACUGGCGGUUGGUCCCCAGCAGAUUCCAGUGCCCAUCAGUGGCUACAGUUGGACCUGGGAAGCAGAGUAGAGAUUACAGCAGUGGCUACACAGGGGAGAUAUGGAAGCGCUGACUGGGUGACAAGCUAUCACCUGAUGUUUAGUGACACAGGGCACAACUGGCAACAGUACAAGCAAGAAAACAGCAUAUGGGUAGGCAACACCUUUCUCUUCCAAUGAAGAAAAAUGAAAUUUGCUAAUUCUAA